AUGGUUAAACAAGGUAGUGUUCUAGGACACGUUGUAUCUAAUACUGGUAUCUCUGUCGAUCAAGCAAAUGUAAAUGUCAUUUCUAGUCUGCAUUACCCCUCCUCCGUGAGGGAAGUUCGUUCGUUCCUUGGCCAUGCAGGUUUCUACCAGCGGUUCAUCAAGGACUUCAGUAAGGUAGCAUUGCCUUUAUCCAGACUGCUACAGAAGGAUGUUGAAUUCGAGCUAAGUGAGGAUUGCAUGGUAGCAUUCGAUAAGCUGAAGAUCGCCUUGACUCAAGCUCCAAUUGUGAGAGGACCAGACUGGAGCCAGCCCUUUGAGAUUUUGUGUGAUGCCUCCAACCAUGCUGUGGGAGCGGCACUGGCCCAGCACGCAGUAUCUGAAGUAGCUCCUUGGUAUGCACCUGUAGCUAAUUAUCUAGUUAGCCAUACUUUUCCUCCCAAUUUUACUAAGCACGAGAGGGACAAGCUGAAAAGCGACUCCAAAUAUUAUAUAUGGGACGAUCCCUAUUUGUGGAGGUAUGGAGCUGACUAG